AUGCCGUCCGAGCGCAAGCGCAAAUAUGUGUCUGCCUCUGGAGUCUUGUUGAAGAAGGAAUCGAAACCAGACGUCAAGCCCUUCGUCACGUCCCGCGCGUCACCUCUCGAUGACUUUGAGGAAUAUGCCACGGCCGAGGCCAAGCACUACACGGAAGUGCGGAAGACUGAGAAGGAACGCGAAGAAGCCAGAGUGCUCAACAAAGAGCUCAAGGCCAACGGAGAGAAGGCGAAGAAGCUCCCCCGAGCCAUGAAGGAUUGGAAUGAGGCCAAGUUUGCCAAACACCGUCAUGAGCUAGUGGACAAUGACUCCGCAAGCUCCGGCGACGACUCGGGCGACGACAAGAGGGACAAACCUCUUUUCUGUUUCAACCCACUCCCCGUCCUUGCUAAUCUCCCUCGCGACUUUGAUCCAGGGAAGGUCAUCGAGAUUCUCUCGCAGUCCAAAUCGUCCGCCGGCAAUAUAAAGCAAAUCCUGGCGGCGGCAAGGAACUCGCAUCAGUCUUCGCCGGCCGGCAGCUCGAAUCAAAAUGCCUCACACUCGUGGCCACAGACUGAAGGCAAGCGUCUGAUCGAUGCCAAGUCGGAUGUCAAGCUGGAGAUAAAGCCGGAUAUCAAGCCGGACAUCAAGCCAGAUGUCAAGUCUGACAUCAAGCCCGACAUUAAGCCUGAUGCCAAGCUUCCCAUGGGGGACAUGAGGCCUGAACAUCAUGAUGUCAAGCCGAGCGUAGAUGUCAAGCCCGAUAUCAAGCCCAGCAUUGAUCCGGACGUCAAGCCCGACGUCAAGCCCGACGUCAAGCCCGACGUCAAGCCCGAUUGGGAAGCCAUGGACGAUGAUGACGACUACUUCGAAGAGGACUAUGAUGACGAAGAGCCCACUCUCGGUCCAAUGCCCACUGUUCCCGUCCUUCCACCUGUACCCCGUGAGGGGGAUUCCGACCAAGAAGAAGAUUACGAUGAUGACCACAUCUACGAGGCCAUGCCACGCAGGGAGUCCAUACCCACAUCCACCAAUGAGGAUGACUCUCAAUCUCAUGAGGUCGACGAUGGCAGCGACGACGAAGAGAUGGGUAACCGCCCGCCUUUCCCUGCCACUACAGAGCAAGGCCUCAUUGGAGCCUACCAGCUCGACGACGACGAUUCAACAGUUGUUAUUCCCGCCAACAUCAACCGCUUCCUUCGCGAGUACCAACGUGAGGGUGUCCAGUUUAUGUACAACAAGUUUAAGCAAGGAGCCGGUGGCGUUCUGGGCGACGACAUGGGUCUGGGCAAGACAGUCCAAGUCCUUGCAUUUCUAUCAGCGAUCAUGCGCAAGACUGGCAAGCCUUCAGACUACCGCCGUCGCAAGAACCUAAUCCGCAGCCUUCCGGCUGGACCUAGCGAGAACGGGCCAAAAAUCGCGCCUCAAAAAUGGGUGACGGCGCUUAUUGUGUGCCCCAUGGCCCUUAUCGAGAACUGGUCACGCGAGAUUAAGACGUGGGGAUACUUUGAAUUUCGCGUCUGGGACAAAUCCAAGACAGCGAAGGACGACAUGAAGGCCGGCUAUUUGGACAUCAUUUUGAUUUCCAGCGCAAUGGUCGCCAAGGAUAUCCGCCACCUGAGGGGACUGCCCAUCUCGGUCAUUGUCGUCGACGAGGCUCAUCGCAUGAAGAAAUGGAACUCUGAACUUGCUUUGGCGGUGAAAAGCAUCGAAGGUGUCCGAGCCUGCUUCGCCCUCACUGGUACCCUAAUCCAAAACCGCAUGGGUGAGAUGUGGAGCGUUCUCGACUUUGUCCGUCGUGGCUGGGCGGGAAGCCGAAAGGAGUGGACUGGAUAUGCUGUUCAGCCCAUUUCCAAAGGUCACCGCUACGACGGAAAGCUCUCGCAGGUCGUCCACGCAAUCGUCCACAACUUUAUCCUGCCUCACUUCUACCUUCGUCGUGACAAGAGGAUCAUUGCCAAGGAGCUGCCUAAGAAGCGCGACAUAGUCGUGCUUUGCCCGCUUGCUCCUCAGCAAGCGACUGUGUACCAAAAGCUCAUCGAUUCACCUGACGUGGCCUUCAUUCUCCGUUCAAAGGAGGAGUGCGAAUGCGGAUCGGGCUACAAAAGGAAGGACUGCCACUACCCAACGAACUCGGUUGGAGACGACCCACAGACUGCAAUCCUGAAAAUGUUUGACGCGCUUGGACGAGUCGCAAAUCACGUUGCUCUUCUGUACCCAAGUUCCGAUGAUCCGCCUGACGUCCAGGUCCGGAACAAGCGUCUGUUCAAGUUUUGUACUGGCGAGGAAUAUGCCACGUACAGCAUUCUCGAUGCUGGCAACAAUUGUGGCAAGUGGCCUGUCCUUUAUUCCCUCCUGAAGGAAUGGAGCGCCUCGACUGAGCCCGUCAAGAUUCUCAUCUUUUCCAACUCGGUCCGCCUUCUGAAGCUCGUUCAAGACUUUAUCAAUCUGUCCACCGACCUUCCCGGUAUCAACUGUGACAUGUAUACGGGCCAAAUCGACAAGGCUACCCGCAAUGCGACCGUGGACCGCUUCCAGGAUCUUAACAGCAGCUUGUCGGUGAUGCUCAUUAGCACGAUGGCCGGAGGUGUUGGUCUCAACCUGACUGCGGCCAACAAAGUCAUCAUCUUUGACCCCAACUGGAACCCUGCCAACGAUCUUCAAGCCAUGGACCGUGCAUACCGCAUUGGCCAGAAACGCUCUGUCGACGUGUACCGUCUUAUUGGCCGCGGCACGGUUGAGGAGCUCAUGUAUGAGCGUCAAAUCUACAAGCAGCAGCGGUCCCGCCAACUCAACGACGGCACGUUUGAGCGUAGGACGCACAGCGGCUACGAAGGUGCAAAGGAGUUGGACGACAAGGGCGAGCUCUUUGGCGUGCACAACAUCUUCCGUUUCCAGCCCGAGGGAUUUGUCAAGCAGAAUCUCGACCGUGUCCAGAUUGCCGAAGACCAACUGCGCCAGGACUUCAUCGAGGCCGAGUAUGAGUCGGACGAGGAUGAAGAUGACGACGAAGAGGCAAAGAAGGUCAAGGACGACCGCUUGGCCAAGGAGUUGCGCCAGGACAAGCUCCUGAAUGAACUCACCGCCGACAGCGCUGUUCAGGACAAGCCCGAGGAGGACAUCCUGGUCAGACUCGGCGUGAAGAUGCUGGACCACAAUGACGCCUUCCGUGACUCGCCAGAGGAGAGAGCCGCCUACGAGCGCGGUCUCAAGAUUCUUAGAGAGCGCCCCGACUUUGGCGAGAUGCUCGCAAACGACGUUGGCAAGGCGCGUCUUGCGUCUGACCGCCGCCCCAAGCGCCCCAGGACGACCGCCGCAAGGGCUAGCCCUCCUCCCGCCGGACAGGACUGGCAGAAGCUCGUGUCUGCAAACAAAAAGAACAACAAGACUGCGCCACUCGUGAACCUGGACGACGACUCUGACUAA